UCGGAGCUGCUGGCGACUCGGCGGUCUCCUACGCGGACGGACCUCUCGCUCGCUCUCUCUCUCUCUCUCUCCCUCCCUCUCGUUAUCUCUCGCCGCCUCUCCGUCGCGCCCUCGACAGAUCUCGCUGGCCGCGGCAGCUGGCAGUUGGCCGGGAUGGCCGACACCGAGUUCGAGGAGUUCCGCUACUACUUCGAGCGAUUGCCGCAGCACCUGAAGGCCCCCAGUUCCAACUACACGCUCGUGCACGAUGUCAUGCUCGACGAGUCGCCCACGUCGUCGCAGGCCAGCGACCAGGAGGUCGGCCGCGCCGGCGACUCCGAGGACGAGGAGGUGGUGGUGCUGCACAGGCACGACGACCACAGCUCCGAGGCCGACAGCGAGGAUUGCGAGCAGAUGUGCUGCUCCUCCAUGCUCGUCGCUGACAGCGACUUCAGCUUGUUCGCCGGACUGAGCAGCGGUGGCGGCGGCGGCGGCUGCGGCGGCAGUGGCGGUGGCGGCGGCGGCGGCGGCGGCGGCGGCGGCGGCGGCGGCUGCAUCCGAACCGGCCGUGACAGUGCGAUCGGCGACAUCGGCGACUCCUGCCCGUCGCUGAACUCGUGGUCCACGCCCGAGCACCGGCCCCGGCAGUGCGGCUCGCAGGCGGCCCAGCUGCAGCAGGCCGGCGAGCGACGCCGCAGGAGGCUGCCCGAGAUCCCCAAGAGGAACUGUGAGUCCGAGUGUUGCCUUCACCCGAGUCCGCGCGCGGGCGCGCAGCCGUCCGACAGGCGGGGUGUGCAGGUGUGUGCUGGCGGGCUUGCAGCGGCGCUGUCGAUGCAGUCCUCGCCGUCGCUGGCCGAGGAGCUGGGCGCGGCGGAGGCGGCGGCCGGCCGGCCGCACUCGUUCUUCCGCAAGUGCCACCCGGGGCUGCGCCAGCAGCGCGAGGACGACUCGCCCGACAGCGAGCGCCUGGCCACCGACAGCGGCCACUCGACCGCGCACUCGCCCGACAACGGCCCCAAGAGCGUCUCGCCAGUGCCCUGCUGCGGCUCGAUGCGCCACCUCGACUCCGUCUCGCCCGACAGCACUCCCGGCAGCAGCGGCCUGCUGCCGUUCGCGCAGCUCGAGCUGCUGGAGGCGACGCACCGCGGCCUGCACAAGUUCGUGUCGCGGCACCGGGACGAGAUCGACCUCGAGAUCGGCGACCCCGUCUACGUGCAGAAGGAGGCCGACGACCUGUGGUGCGAAGGCGUGAACCUGCGCACGGGUCGCCAGGGCAUCUUCCCCUCGGCCUACGCGGUGGACGUGGACUACAGCGACUUCGACCCGACGGCGCCCAAGGUGAAGCGCGAGCGCUACCUGCUGGGCUACCUGGGCUCGGUGGAGACGCUCGCGCACAAGGGCACCGGCGUCGUCUGUCAGGCCGUGCGCCGCAUCGUCGGCAAGGCCGCGCGGGAGCCGCCGGCCUCGCAGCAGAGCUGCAUCCUCGAGGUGUCCGACCAGGGAUUGCGGAUGGUGGACCGGAGCAAGCCCAGGAAGAGCGCGGGCCCCUGCCACGACUACUUCUACUCGCUGAAGAACGUGUCGUUCUGCGCCUUCCACCCGCGGGACCACCGCUACCUCGGCUUCAUCACCAAACACCCCACGCUGCAGAGGUUCGCCUGCCACGUGUUCGUCGGCCAGGACUCCACGCGGCCCGUCGCCGAGGCCGUCGGGAGGGCCUUCCACCGCUUCUACACCAAGUUCAUCGAGACCGCUUUCCCGGUGGAGGACAUCUACAUCGAGUAGGAGUCGACGCUCCCGCCCCCUGUAAAUACUCGCUGCUCCAGCUGGCGGCGCGAUCUCGAACGCUUCGGCGUGCCCGGGGACUAGCUAUGUAACUUCGGUCGUCGCGCGUGUACCCAUGCGUGCAGUUCGUAGUUGCCGUUGUCACUUUGGUCCGCGUGGCGAUCUUGGCGGCGUUCAUGUUCCGCACGGCGUCGCCAAGCAGUCUCAUCGAAUCGAGCAACGCUCGAAGCUUGGCUCGACGGAGAUCCGCGGUACUGGACGCUGUGACUGUGUGCUGUCGAGAACCUCUCGCGCCGAUCAGCUAUGUUAUCCGUUUCGCAUGCUCGACGAUAAUGGCAGUGUUCUACUUUCCACGUGCUAGGCUAUGCUGCAAUGUAAGCAAAGAAAAAUGUAGCAGUCUAUAUAUCGACUUUUUACCUAAGAAGGACCAUUUUUCGCGUAGUCGAGAGUAGCCUUUCGUUAGAGACGUAGACGAGUGUUACUUCCUGCGAGUGGCGAACAAUUUACUGUCUCGCUGUCUCUCUCUCUCUCUCUCUCUUUCGCUAUCUCUGCCAUUGAAAAUAACUUGGAAUUAAAGGCGAACAACCAAGUUGGAUGAAUUCACCCGUUUGUGUAAGCAAUCGAUGCGUAAGCUGGGACUACUUCGGUGGGACAACUGUUUCAAUAAGCGAAAUUGUUCGAGAGCGCGGCGAUCGACGCUGCGCUCCCUUUCUUGCAUCUUAUACAUUCUAUUGAUUUUUUUGUACACCGUGUGGCGCGUCAUCAAAAUCUGUCGCUAAUUCAGCACGAGAGCAAGUUCUAAUUGCGUUCCCAUUAUUAGUUGAUUCGAGUACGAUACAAAAGCCUGCAAGUGUAUUUUUGUAUUUAUUCGCGGAACGUUUGACAAUGAUACAAAUCGACGGCGAAUGUUGGCCAACUUUUAGCCAAUGAAACAUACGAAUGAUUCAAGCGAGGUUUAAGUUUUAUUUUAUAGAAAAAAUGAAGAGACUUUAUAGCUUGUAAUAAGCGGACUCUGUCAAUGUAAUUAACUGUAUACAGCAUUAAGAAAAAAAAUGAC